GGGCGGCGGGCGCGGGGAGCGCCUCGGCCGGCGCGGAGCUCGCAGACGCGCGGGGAACAUGGCGGCGGCGGAGCCGGCUGUCGCGGCGCUGGCGGGCGGCGGCGUGGGCGCGGCGGCGCCGUCGGGCGCGGUCCCCGUGCUCUUCUGCUUCUCGGUGUUCGCGCGGCCCUCGUCCGUGCCGCACGGCGCGGGCUACGAGCUGCUCAUCCAGAAGUUCCUCAGCCUCUACGGCGACCAGAUCGACAUGCACCGCAAAUUCGUGGUGCAGCUCUUCGCCGAGGAGUGGGGCCAGUACGUGGACCUGCCCAAGGGCUUCGCGGUGAGCGAGCGCUGCAAGGUGCGCCUCGUGCCGCUGCAGAUCCAGCUUACUACCCUGGGAAAUCUUACACCUUCCAGCACUGUAUUUUUUUGCUGUGAUAUGCAGGAAAGGUUUCGACCAGCCAUCAAGUAUUUUGGAGAUAUUAUCAGCGUGGGACAAAGAUUGUUACAAGGGGCCCGGAUUUUAGGAAUUCCAGUUAUUGUCACGGAACAGUACCCUAAGGGUCUGGGAAGUACUGUUCAAGAAAUCGAUUUAACAGGUGUAAAGUUAGUACUUCCCAAGACCAAGUUUUCCAUGGUGUUGCCAGAAGUAGAAGCGGCAUUAGCAGAAAUUCCUGGAGUUCGGAGUGUUGUGUUAUUUGGAGUAGAAACUCAUGUGUGCAUCCAACAAACAGCUCUGGAGCUUGUUGGCCGGGGUAUCGAGGUUCACAUUGUUGCUGAUGCCACCUCUUCGAGAAGCAUGAUGGAUCGGAUGUUUGCUCUUGAGCGUCUUGCUCGAACUGGGAUCAUCGUAACAACAAGCGAAGCUGUUCUGCUGCAGCUGGUGGCCGAUAAAGAUCAUCCGAAGUUCAAGGAAGUCCAGAACCUCAUUAAGGCGAGCGCGCCAGAGUCAGGUCUGCUGUCCAAAGUAUAGACCUGGUGAGGGACUGAUCCUCUGCUUGCCCCUCGGGCACGGGACUGGGAGCCCAGACAAGCUCUUAUCUGGACCAGAAUUUAAAAAUUAAGUUAAAAACCGGCUCCUUCUUUUGCGUCUCUUAAUAAUCUGUAACCAGUUAGGUCAUUUGGGUACCAGCAUUUAGUGACCAUGUCCAAGGCUUCCGGUGCUGCCUCCCCACCUCAUUUGUCACUGUGCUCUUAUUUGUUGGAACAACAUAGAGAUAACAGAGGUCCCCCUUCUGCUGUACUGUCCUCACUGAUGAGCACUUGCAGAAGUGCGCAUUAAGUUUCAUUGAGCUGUGCACUUUAGAGAGAGAGAGAGAGAGAGAGAGAGAGAGAGAGAGAGAGAGAGAAGGUCCUGGUCAUUGUACAGUGUAUCUUGAGGCUUUAGUGUGGGUUCAGUGCUUUUGCUCUCUCCAAAUUGAGUGAAGAAGGAUUUUGUCUGAGAAUCUGAAAACAGGAUUGUGGAUGGUGCCGCCCGCCUGGGCCCUACUGUCAGUUUGCAGACUAAGUCGCGCUGCUCUAACCGGGCAAAAUUAUGUCGAGUAAUUACUUAUCUCCCUGUUACUAGGCUAAUUUUCUGAUCUGGUCACCACUACUAAUUCUCUGUUAAUGUUUGUUUUUAGCUGAAUCUUUUUGUUUCAAAUACUCACUGGGUCAUUUCGAGUUUUGAUUUUGUAAACAGAUGGACUGAUUUUCAAGGCGAAAAGCUGUUUUAAAAUCAGUGAAGGAUUUUACCUUAAAUCAGUACAGCCAUCUUGAAUAAACUUUCUGGUAUGUACAAGAUUAGCAAAAAGUUAAAGACUGGAUAAAAUGUAGUUUAUAAAAUGUCUGUAUUCUUGGUUGGUAUUUUUUCCACCUACUCAGUAAAUGUUAUUGUUAAUUGAGAAGGCAUCAGUAAUAGUUUGGGAUAUUAAUUUUGUAGUCAUUGCUAUCCUUCAAUAAAUUUAUUUUCAUUACAUACUUAUAGAAGAUUUUCAAGCUUUUUUUAAUUUUGUGAAAUAUGGAACAUUGCUGUCUUUUACAUUAAAAUAAUUAAAACAUUU